CCUCGACUGGCACUUCAAUAAAGACCACACUAAUUAACGUGUGAAAGAAUCAACUAAGACCACAAAUCUGUAGGCCGAGUAGAGAUAAGAGAUGGGGUUGCUUCUCCAUCUCUGCUUCUUCUUCCUUCUUCUCGGAAGAGCGUUUGCUUUGGAUGCUUCCAUAUGCUCCUCCAAAUUUAGUGCAGCUCGGCAUGUUCAUCUCAACAACAGCUCCGGCAUCCACUUCGCGCUCCACCACCCGCGGAGCCCCUGCUCUCCGGCCCCCUUCGUCGCCCCUCUUCCCUUCUCCACAGUCCUCUCCCACGACGCUGCCCGCGUCCAAGCCCUCACCUCCCGCCUCUCCAAGACCACCGCCACCAUCUCCCGCGCCUCCUCCUCCCCUUUGCUCCGCCCCGACGCCGUCUCCGUCCCCCUCUCAAAGGGUACUUCCCUCGGCGUCGGCAACUACAUCACCCGCAUAGGUCUCGGCACUCCGUCCAAGUCCUACGCCGUCGUCGUCGACACCGGCUCCUCCUUCUCCUGGGUCCAGUGCUCCCCCUGCCGCGUCUACUGCCACUCCCAGGUAGGCUCUGUUUUCGAUCCCUCUGCUUCCUCCACCUACCGCUCCCUCCCUUGCUCGGCUUCAGAGUGCGGCGGCCUCGAGUCCAGCACCCUCAAUCCUCCCGCUUGCUCUGUCUCCAACGUAUGCAUCUACGAGGCUAGCUACGGCGACAGCUCCUUCUCCAUCGGCUACCUCAGCGAGGAUGUUCUCUCCCUGGCACGCGAUCUACGCCUACCUGGGUUCGUCUAUGGCUGCGGACAAGACAACGAGGGCCUUUUCGGCCGUUCCGCCGGCCUCAUCGGCCUUGCCCGUAACCGCCUCUCCCUCCUAUCCCAGCUCGCCCCCGUCACCGGAAACGCCUUCUCCUACUGCCUCCCCUCCACCUCUUCGUCCGGCUACCUCUCAAUCGGCUCCUACAACCCCGGCCGCUUUUCCUACACCCCCUUGGUCUCGAGCUCCCUCGACGAGUCCCUCUACUUCCUCCGGCUAACCAGCAUCACCGUCGAUGGCCGAGUCAUUUCGGUGCCUAGUAGCAUGCAGACGAUCAUCGACUCCGGGACCGUCAUCACGCGGCUUCCCAGCGACGUGUACGACGCGCUGAGUCGAGCAGUAGCGGCGGCGCUCAAGCGGUACCGGCGGGCGCCGGCGUACUCGAUCCUGGACACGUGCUUCGUCGGAAGCCUGAGCAGGCUGGCGGUUCCGCCGGUGGAGUUGGUCUUUCAGGGAGGCGCGGCGCUGAGCCUGCCGGCGAAGAACGUGAUGAUCGACGUUGAUGAGUCGACGACGUGCCUGGCGUUCGCGCCCUCCGGCGACGUGGCUAUAAUCGGAAACACGCAGCAGCAGACCUUUAGUGUGGCGUACGACGUCGGGCGAUCGAGGAUCGGGUUCGCCGCCGGCGGAUGUGGUUGAGGAGGAGGUAGUGGCUCUGGGACAGACAUAGUAAAGUAAAGCUAAUUACGGAGGUGUGUUUUGGAUUACUACUUGUUGAUUAAGUUUUGGGUUAGAAUGGAGAGGCAAAUGACCCUCAAAUGUUCAUUAAUUACUAUUUAAGAACUGCAUUAUUGUGUAUGCUGCAAGUGUAACUAUGUCCUGGUUGCUGUUAAGCAAAUGAAAAGUCUAAUUUACAGUUAAAA